CGAAACUAAAAUAAUACCCGCCAAUCUGCAUAUUUCCUCCCGGUGGUGUACUGUGGGUUGUCGGUGCCACGUGAGCAGACAUGUUGGUUCGUAUGCUGCUGCUGGAGACUCUGCAAGAUUUGAUCAACGACGAAUUUAAAACCUUUAAGUGGCACCUCCAGGACAAGGUGUUGGACAGCUGCAAACCGAUUCCCCGGUCCUACCUGGAGAACGCGGACCGGACGGACGCCGUGACCAGGAUGAUAGCUAGCUACGGCGAGGAAAUGGCCGUGAACAUCAGUGUGGAGGUUCUGAAGAGGAUGAACAACAAUUCCGCCGCUGAGAAGUUGAGGAACAUAUACUCAGCAGGGGGAAACACAGCUGCAUCCUCCACGUCAGCAUCUGAUGCAGCUCCUCCUGCUGCUCCUGUAGCACCUCCUGCUGCUCCUCCUGCUGCUCCUGCCACAAUGAUGGCCAAGCAAGGAGGCGUGAUCUUCGCCCCGACAGUUGCAGGUGGCACAUCUGGGACAUGGAAUAUAACCAUCAAUAAAUAAGCUCAUGAAACACAUAGUUUGAUUGGACGGCCUACCUGCCUGUUUACCUGCGUGCACGCUGCCCGUGCACUCGUUGCUGGUCAACAUAUCUUCCACAUUUGUUUAUCUUGACGGCUGUGAAUGCUAACAGCAGCCAUUUUUUAUUCUUUUUUUUUUUCAAGCUAAAAAACAACAACAAAAAUGACAAUAAAAUGAUAUAACUAAAACAAAUAUUGAGAGACACAGGGCAGCAUCUCGUACCAAGGACCAAGUAUUCAAUCACAACCCCAAUACAAGAUUAACAAAUAAGCAAUUUUUUAUUCUUAACGUUCAUAAUGAUGUGUUGCUGAAUUGGCGAGCUAGUGCUGCUGGCUACUUUCAUUAUAAAAUAGUUGGCCACACUAGACUGUUUCUUUUCAGUUUGAUCAUUUACAAAAAUCUACCGUACUCUUGCUAGUGUCUCAACAGUACCAACCUUAGCUUUUCAGUCUCACGGAGAAAAUCCAAGUCUAAUGAAUCUUUUACAAUAAUUUGACACCGGAUCUGGCAGAAUAUACAUUUUUAGAUACGGUACCUUCAGUACAAUUUAGUACUUUUAGUUUUAAAAUGUGCUGGAACACAAGCAGCCUGUACUUUUAUAAAACCACUGUAAAUAGUUAAAUAUUUGUGUACUCAGGGUACCAUUACUCUCUCACAGAGUUUUACAAUGAGGGCUCAGAAUAGAAAAAAUUUGUAAAAGUUGUAAUCCUGAAGAGUUCAGUCCUGUGCAUAAACAUCUGACUCCUGCAGUAACAAUGAAAACUUAGAGACAAAUACAGAGUGAAUAAGAUGAAUUGAUAUUGCUGAAAAAAUGCAGAGCAUAAAUACUAUCAAAAAUGUGUAUUGAUUUAAUGAAUAUCUAACAUAUCGGAAAAGUUAAUUCAAAUAUGUUGUUUGUUUGUAUUUUUUACGUGGAACUUUUCUGAAACAUAUGAAUUAUUUGAUUGAUCAAAUAAAUCCAGUUGAAUAACUGAGCAACUGAGUGAUGCAAAACUGAAUUUGAGCCAUUUCC